GAAAUUGGUAUUUCUAUUCUGCGUCAAAGUGAUGAAUUACUUGCCUUUCACGAUGAAAUGGGUCAUCUAUUUGGUACAUUUUCAAAUCAUUCAUCUUUAGAAGAAAGAGCCACUAACUGUGAACCAGGAUAUUACCCAUGUGACACUUGUUGUGGAAUUUAUUGUUGUAUGCCGAACUCCUUUUGUUGCGAAAAUGAGGCCGGUUGUUGUAAAUUAGGAGGUUAUCAAUGUUGCGGUAAUGGUAAUUGUUGUACAGAAUACGAAUAUUGUGAUCAAGAUGGAUUGUGUAAAAUGGGAUGGACACCACCAACAAAAGUAUCACAAGCA